UUUGCUCUAAGUGAGAUCACAACUGUAUUAAUUAGUGAAAUUAUACAAUUAUAAUUAUGUCAUUUAACGAUUUACCUGAUAUUUGUCUUUGGAAGAUCUUUGGAAAUGUCCAUGAGGCCAAAGAAUUGAUUCGAUUGUCUAAAGUUUGUUCAAGAUGGUCCGAUUUAAUUACGUUGAGAUUCAAUCGAGUAAAAUAUCUUCAAAUGGUGGACGUUAAUAGUAAUAAAGUUGAUUAUAUUGAUGCGAACAGUUUGUGGAUGAAUGAGUAUACGAAUUGGAAUGAUUACAAUUUAUUCAAAUUGUUUCCAAAUCUUAAGAUUAUAGAUACUGUGGCCUUUGAUUAUCAUGCAUCUUUUAAUUUACCAGAAAUUGUCAAAAAUAAUCCACAAAUCAAGGGAUUGAUCGGUAUGGAUAAAUUACGUAAAGAUGGUUACUUGGAAAAUAUCGAAAUGUUCGCUUCAGAAUUUAAUUUCGAUUAUAAAAAAGUUUUUCGACCUGAUCAGUUGAAACAAGUUUGCUGCUUCCGUUUUCACACGAAUGAUCUUCCUUCAUUCAUUGAAUAUUUUCCAAAUUUGAAACGACUUAACAUCGAACCCCGUGAAGAGUCAAUUGUAUCGGACGGGGUGUUUUACAAUGGACCGAAUUUGUCUUCGUUAAAGAUUCUUGAACUUGGUACAAACAAUUUUUUUGAACAAUUCACUGGAUUUCAUUUAAUGGGGUUUUGUCCCUCUUUGGAAAGCGCUUUCUUCCACUGUUGGACACAGUAUAUUUAUGUAGAUGAAUCGAUAAAGAAUAACAAUCUAAGAGAUCUGGUCAUCGAGAAUACUGGGCUUUCGUGGUCAUUACUACAAAGUACUUUCCAAAUUUCCUAA